AUGAUCUCUAAUAAAAUAUUUUCAAAGGCUACAAAAUCAAUUUUAACACUGGGAAUAAAAAAUAACAAUAUUAAUAGAACAUUUAUAAGUUUAAAUAAUAAUAAUAAAGAAAAUGAAUUUAAAAGAUUUCAAAAUAGAUUUGGACCAUUUCCAGAAUAUGUAAAGAUUGUUGAAGUUGGACCAAGAGAUGGAUUACAAAAUGAAAAGAUAAUAGUACCAACAGUUGAUAAGAUACAAUUAAUUAAUAGAUUGGCACAAACUGGAUUAUCAGUUGUAGAGGCAACUUCAUUUGUCUCUCCGAAAUGGGUGCCACAAAUGGCAGAUAAUAAAGAAGUAUUGAGAGGUAUUGAAAAGGUUGAGGGUGUUUCAUACCCAUGUUUGACACCAAACAUCCAGGGAUUCCGUGCAGCAUUGGACGCAGGUGCAAAAGAGAUUGCAUUAUUCGCAGCUGCAAGUGAGAGUUUCUCCAAAAAGAAUAUAAACGCAACCAUUGAGGAGAGUUUGGCACGUUAUAAAGAUGUGUGUGACGCAGCCAGAGAGAACGGCAUUAAGGUGCGUGGCUACGUAUCAUGUGUGCUCGGCUGCCCCUACGAGCAGAACGUACCCAUUUCUAAGGUGGUCUACGUCUCCAAGAAGCUCUACGAAUUCGGGUGCUAUGAAAUCAGUCUAGGCGACACCAUUGGCAUUGGUACACCCGGUGCAACACACAAACUAUUACAAGCAAUGUCACAAGCCAUUCCAAUGAGCGCAAUAGCCGUUCAUUUCCAUGACACCUACGGCCAAGCAUUGGCAAACAUUCUCACAUCACUUCAAUUUGGUAUUUCAACAGUAGACAGCUCAGUUUCAGGUUUAGGCGGUUGUCCAUAUGCAAAGGGCGCAACUGGUAACGUUGCCACUGAAGAUGUUUUAUAUAUGAUGAAAGAUUUAGGUAUAAAUUGUAAUGUCGACAUGAAUAAAUUAAUGGAUGUCAGUUUAUGGAUUUCUAAAAAAUUAAAUCGUUCACCAAGUUCAAAAGUUUCAUUAGCAUUAUCUCAUAAAGCUUCAAAUUCAAUUUCAAAUUCUGAUUCAAAUACCAAUACCAACACCAACAAUACCAAUACAACUAAUAAAUCAUCCGAAAUUCCAAUUAAUUGCAAUACAAAUAUAAAUAAAAUGGCAUCUGAAAAAGAAAAACAACAUAUUUUCAUCUCUUCAAAUAAUCAAUCAACUUUAGUAUUUUAA